CUUCCAUUAGCAAACAGGAUGGACAGCCGCUACUGAUCAGCAAAGUCAUCCCUGGCAGUGUGGCAAGCCGUAGCGGUUCCAUCAAUCCCGGUGAUAUUCUACUUGCUGUCAAUGGUGUUUAUUUAUCAUCCUGUAGCUUAGCGGAAGCUAUCCGACUUCUUCAAUCCCCGUUGGAAGAGAUUGUCACAUUACGGAUUCAGAAGAUUGCUGACACAUCACUAAUUGGCUCCGGCCCGGAGUCAUCAACCGGUCGAUUCACCGGGCGACGAAAUCAUUAUGGGCGCAGUGAUUCGGUUCCCGAGUCCGAACUGGGACGAGCAGGUUCGGCGCACUCAAGCACGGUGACUUCCAGACACAAAAGUGAACCGGAAGUAGAUGUGGGUGAGUUUCGGGAAGCGUACGAUCGAUCUCAUCCACUGUCAGAGCCAGCGGGACUUGGACGACCAUUGGCUGUGCCUGUGGGAGCAGAGCCUUUGAGUAGCCUGUCAAAAAGUGGUACCAGUGGUCCUAUCGGUGAAUUGGUGCCCAUGAAAGGUGCUAAGUCGCAUCUGGUUCCGGAGAAACUGGAAAACCAUAUCCACACAGAUCGCUCAACUUCAUCCGGACAAGAUGACCUCCGAAUGGGUUCAGCUGCUGCCACAAUCGGUGUGAAAUCCAGAGCCACAACCGCGACAGUCAGCAGCAAAUCCAACAAUACGCUUCCGCUCCAAGAUGCCACUUCAAUUCAGGCUGAUAUCCAAAGUUUUACUAGUGCCCAUGAUUCACUGGACACCAGAAGUCGGUUAAUAAGCAGUCCAGAAGAUAUGUCUCAAGACGAUGGUUUCAGUGUGGUACGUGUAACACUGAAACGAAAAUCUGCCGAAUGUCCCUGGGGGAUCAUCAUAUGUGGCACUGAUGAGGCUUCUAAUGCACCCGUUUUUAUCGAUUCACUAAAUCCGGGUGAUCCCGGAGCGGCGAGUGGCCUGCUGUUUCCGGGUGAUCGUAUUUUAGCCAUCAACGGGAAUGCGUUGCACGCGGGGCACACAUUGACACAGGCUAUGCGUAUGCUACAGCGCUAUCCAGAUCGUGUAGUACUACACGUGGCUCGACAGCAGCGCAUCAGUGAACCGGAAUUGGGGCGAUCCCCGCAAUCACUUCUAGACGGUCGGAAACGCAUGGAACCUGAGAUCGAUUCCCGAAUCUUGAUGGACGAACCGGUGCAAAUGAGAAUGAAUGAAAAAGAAGGCCUAUCUCGUAAACCUUCAUUGAAAAAGGUAUCCACGAUGGUUAAUGUCUUAUUUCAAAGGUCUUUUGAUAAUAAUGAAACUCGUGUCUGCUGGGCACUUGAUCAAGCUGGCCAAUGCAAGUGGUGUUCAUAA